CGUUAAGGAGAUACACAUAAUUAUUUCCACCGGUAAUCUGUGACAAUCCCAUAAAUCUACCGGUAUAUAAAUUAACAUAGUGCGAUUAAGUGAGCACCUGACAGAAUUAUGGGACAUCGUGUGACACGAUGUCGCACUCAUUGCUUUAUGAGCAAUUUAGAUAUAGUAAACAUAGAUUAGAUAUAAAAUUAAAUAUAGAAAUCUACUAUUUUUAUCGAAGAUUAAAGCAGAUGGUUUAAUUCGACCCAACUGGCCAUUUAUUAAUAUAAUAUUCAAAUAUACAACGUUUCGACCAUGGUUUGUGGGCUUAUCAAGUGUAAACUAAGUUAUAGAUUUACAAUGUGGCUGUUUUGCGGAACAUUUUAAUUAUAGAGACUGAUAAUAGAACGAAAAUAAUUCUAUUAUCAGUCUUUAUAAUUAAGAUGUUUCGCAGAACAGCCUCAUUGUAAAUCUAUAUUCGCCGGUAGGCCCGGUAGAUGGUCGAAUUAUAGUUGUGAUAAACAUUGAUUUAGAAGUUAGCAAGCCAACCUGCGAGUGAUAUAUACUGACAAGUUUUCUACACUCAUCUUUUACAUUGUCACGUUUUACAUGACACACAAAACCUAAAUCCUUUUUUGUUGGUGGAAUCGAUUUCAGAGCCACAAUGAUAAGUCACACUUUUCGACAAUUUGCUUUCACCAUUGUGAUAACAUACGCGAUUGCAGUUGAUAUAAGCAAUGGACACAAGAAAAAGAAGUUGCAAUUAAUUAGAGAAGAUGCUAUUUUUGAUCGGACUGGAUCUUGUAGCAGAGCGUCUGGCGAGGAUGACUACGACAGCAUUUUUCUACGUAUUUAUAUUGGGACCACUAUGGACGAAUAUGCCGACUACCCGCUGGGGAAUGCCAGCGCGAUUACAUCUCAAAUAGACAACAGCAAGCCGACGGUGUUGUAUAUUCACGGCUACACGGAACAUCUUGAUAAAGAGAGCGUGCAAACAGUGGUGGAAGCUUACUUAAAGAGAAAUGAUCACAACGUUAUCGCGGUGGAUUACGGUAAAUUAGCGAGCAACUCGUACCUAAUAGUGACGAUGAGUGCUCCUCGUAUAGCAGAUGCUGUCGCGACUGCUCUCGAUGAGAUGAAAAACUCGGGCUUUAAUACGGAAAAAUUGCACAUUGUCUCACACUCCAUGGGUAGCCAAAUCUCCGGUUAUAUCGGCAGAAGAGUCAGCUUUCAAAUUCCUAGAAUUACAGGACUGGAUCCGGCCGGCCCUCUUUUCCAUCUUCUCCAGCCUAGUCUUUCGUCUUCCGAUGCUCGUUUUGUGGAUAUCAUACACACGGAUUCUGGAUUUUAUGGUAUCACCAAGACUACGGGCACAGUGGACUUUUUCCCAAACGGUGGUACACGCAUACAACCCGGUUGUCCGCCACGCCCCAGAUUUUUCAGCGAAGAGGAUUUCUGCAGUCACCAUCGUUCCUGGAGAUUCUAUGCCGAGUCUCUGACCGAUGAAUCUACCUUCUUGGGCGUGCAUUGUCCUUCGUUAUCUGACUUUACCUACGGCGAAUGCAAUAAUAAUACACGGACCGUUAUGGGAUAUGCCACUCCGACCAGUGUGCAGGGGACUGUCUAUCUUACGACGAAGGAUGAAAGUCCUUUCGGAUUGGACGAGAAAGGAAUUAUGUCGACGAAUUAGUUACGCCAUGUUGAGAAUUGCGAUAUAAAAAUGAUAUCGCAAGAUUUUCAGAAAAAAAUUGUGAAUUCUCUUACUAAUACGAAAAAGAAAGAAAAAAUUAGAGAGAGAAUGUGUAUCGGCCUCUGCAAUGCGCAUACUUUAUACUACGUUUAUUGUAUAUUAUUGGAUACUCGAAGACAACAUUUCUUGCAAUAACCGGAUUGUCGUUAUAUUAUUCCGCGAAUGUCCAGACGUCUUCUGCUUUCCGACGCACACAAUAUAAUAACGUCAUCAUUAAUUCAAUAUCCAACUUGAUGAUAUUGUCACAUCACUACGGCUCUUGAUAUUUUUCUCGUAAUUCGCAUUUGUGUUAAAAAUGCAAAGCUAAUGGAUAUACAAUAUGGUCGUUUGAAGUUUCGAGAAGUAUAUAUAAUUAUUAUAUAUAUAAAGUAUAUAAGAUUAAGAAGUAUUCCAACGUUGAGAUCCGAGGCUCGCGUAUAUCGAUCGCGACGAUGACAGCGGGAUAGCGAGCAUAUAGUAAAUUUAUGCUAUAACGUACAUUUUUAAAUAAGGCGGAACAAUCGUAAUAACUGUGGCAUGUCCCUUAUAAUAACAUACGAUAGUCUUUGUAGAAUUGUAUGUAAUGUUUCAUGAAACGAUUAGAAAAAGAAAACUUAUUUCUGCAUGAUGAAUUAUCUACCAUGGAAGUUAAAGUAAUUCCUAAGUGAGAGAGAGAAAGUAAGAAUAUAAAAUGUACGAUAUAAAAUGUCAAGAAAUGGAAACUGUGCAAUAUAAUAGCAUUCUCAG